GUUGAGUAUUGUGAAUGCAAGAGCUCUUGUAGUACUAAAAGGAAGGAGAAUAGUAGCCGAGGAUGCCCUUGCAAGGGUCGAAAUGUCGUGUGCUCAUCAAGUUGUCGAUGUGGCACUCGAAAUAAACCUUGUACGAAUAAGGUUAGUCUGUCGAUUAUAUGUUUUCAAUACAUUCAUUUGGCUUACAGUUUGAUUCGUUAAAAAAUCAAAUCGUUUUGUAGUCAUUUUAUGUAUACAAAUCAUGAUUUAGGAACGAGGAGAGAACUCACAGCCCACUGCUCGCACUACGUCGCAAAGAAAGUCGGUAGCUGGAUUUCGCCUUUCUCAUCCAUCGGCUGAUUCCGAAGAAACGCAAAGAGAAAAGGAACACGAAGAUGUAAAAGUAUGUAGAGCACCAGAGAUCUGUUUGUUUAGUUUCCUAGCUAAACUUCCAUGUAGAAGACAUAAUUUGCUAAGUCAUUUAUAUUUUGAUAUCAUAAACGUAUACAAAUACAGUAUGUUUACUAUAUUGAGUAUUGAUUAUUUGAUUGAGAUUUGGUGAUAUUGUUUGCAGUGAAAAUCUCUUUAAAAUUAAAUGAUAUACAUGCAGUAGCUGUCAAAUAACCUUGUAAAAGGCCAUGUAAAGUCCGUAUUGUAAACAAACGCUUUGUUUACAUUUUGAACUCAGUGCUGUAGUUGUAAAAUUUGAUUAGAUAUACUGUACGUGUAAUAUAUUAUACUGAAUUUUCUAACCAUGUCUUUUGGACACAUGGUGAGAGACCAAAAAUGUACUGCAAACAGUAUUCAAAUAGUUCUAAGCUGAGAAGCCAUAUAUGUUUAUCCUUAGGUUUAAUCAAUCUAAUUUGAUAGGUACUGUAUUCAUGUAUUUUAGGACUUUAUUGCCACUUUGGAUGAAGCGAUGGUGAGGAAGGUAGCUGUUCGGGGCCUCAGGAGGGGUAUUGGAAGUAUGGAUUAUAUCCAUACCCUCCUAAUAAUGGAGGAUGACCUUGAUCAGACAGAACAUGAUGAGGAUAUGGGUGCAUUUGAGGAAGAUUCAGGAGAGCUGCGUAACGAUAAAGAUCAACCCCAUAGCUCAGCAGGCCCACCUGAACCACACAACCACUUGCCUACAUCAGCACCAGACUGGUGUGUAUGUGGAUAUUGUAGACCCAUGACACAGGAGAUAGAAAAUAAAUGCUGCAGACAAAAGAAUUGUAUUACACUAACCUCAAGGUUUGCUAAAAUAUGCUUAGACCCAGAUGUUUUGGAGUUAUGUAUUCGAAACACUGGGGACAUUCACAACGAUCAGGAGGAUAAUAGUACCCGAGCAUUUAGAAAAGCUGGAUACAGACAGUUUGUAUUAGCACGUCAUGGCCACCUCGGAAAGGGAAAUAGAAGGGUUUGCCCAUCUUGUGUUGUGUUAAAAAUACGGGGACGAUAUCCAUCUGUCACAGGAGUCUAUAUGGGCUUUAGGGAGCACUGA